GAGAGAGAGAGAGAGAGAGAGACGUGUCUGUAGUCACAGGGUUUUUAUUUAACACGUAGUCCAGUCCACCCUCCCUCCCACACGCGCGCGCACACAUACACACACAAACCCGCACACACAUUUAACCAAGAGCAGAGCUUCAAAACUGUCCGAGUUGACGACAACGACCGUUACCCUCGCGAGCCGAGCUCGGCUAGCCGACCGUUACGUUUUAAAAAGAAACAAAACAGAAAAAACUUCACUUUUUUCUACUUUUUCUUCCGAAAUAACUCAUUUUUUUCUGGAGGAAAUAUUUACAUCUCCCGUCUUUAUGAGCAGUUAAAGGUCGCCGGCACCUCCCCGCGUCGACUUUUCGAGAAAAUUAUCGGAGACUUCAGCUAAAAACUGAGGAGAGAAAUGGAAAGGAUUACAAGCGCGCAGCCUCCUCCUCCGUGUGUGGUCAAACACCCUUCGCUAGAUAUCGCCGACAUGCCGGGAAUGGAUUUUCCCAUGUAUGUGUACAAACCUCGGAGAGGGAUGAAACGAGGAGAGGACAGCAAGGACACCUAUAAGCUGCCCCACCGUUUGAUUGAGAAGAAGCGACGUGACAGAAUAAACGAGUGCAUCGCGCAGUUGAAGGAUUUGCUGCCUGAACACCUUAAACUCACUACACUGGGCCAUUUGGAGAAGGCCGUGGUGCUGGAGCUCACGUUAAAGCAUGUGAAAGCGCUCAACAGCCUUCUGGAACAGCAGCAGCAACAGAUCAUUUCUCUCCAGAGUGGAAUUCAAAUUGGGGAUCAGCCUAAUGGCAGCACUGAGAACAGCGAGGAGAUGUUCCGCUCGGGUUUCCAUCUGUGUGCCAAGGAGGUGCUGCAGUAUCUGGCCAGCUUGGAGAACACACGGGACCUGACCCCGACACACAUUGUCAACCACCUGCACAAAGUGGCUGCUGAGCUGCUGCAUCGUCCGGUCAGCCCCCGCCUGGAAACUCCCUCACCCAGCCGCAAGGGCCAAGAGGCCCGGGAGAAAGUGGCUGUCUCACAGCCUCGCACGCCUGAGGGCCACGCCAAGAACUGCGUCCCUGUCAUUCAGAGAAUUUACCACCCUCAGGGCAGCGAACAGAGUGGCAGCGACACGGACACGGACAGCGGCUAUGGAGGCGAGCUGGACAAGCGUGACUCCAAAGGCCAACGGGCUAGCUACUACAGCAAAGAGGGCAUGGAGCUGAAGCAUGGCCGGACGGGCAGCAUCAAGGAGGAGCGAGACGAGCCCCAGGCCAAGCGGGUCAGAUCGGAUUCAUCUGAGGACGAGUCUCUGUCGAGUCACGACUCACACGGUGGGUACGUGAGCUUUUCGCCGCACCAGCCGCCGCUCUGCAUGCCCUUCUACCUCAUCCCUCCUACCGCGGCUGCCGCCGCCUACCUGCCCAUGCUGGAGAAAUGCUGGUACCCAGGGGGCAUGCCUGUGCUGUACCCAGGCAUUGGGGGCUCCACGGCUGGGUUAUCUCCUGAAAAACUGCCCUCAUCACUGGUCAUGUCCCCAAGAGUAGCUUCCCCAGCUACCCCUCAGACCCCAAUGGACUCUCCCGCUCUUCUUCAGGCCCUGAAACAGGUGCCCCCCUUAAACCUGGAAACCAAAGACUGAGAACUGUAUGAAAGGUGCCCACCUCCCCCCCCAUAAAAUUGCCCACAGCUCGCCCUCUGAAUGUUCUGGGUGUUGAGAGCGGAACGCUGAUGGAGGAUACGCUGAUGGAGGGGGAAAGAUGAUGAAGAGUGGUCUUCAUCGCCAUUGCCGCUGCCGCUGCCCCUCAAGCCCCCCCCCCUCGCACCACCUGCCCUCUACACACACACACACACACACACAGAAACAGCUCAGCGGCCAACUCCCUCCCUCCACCACCGGCACAGACACACGCGAGUCCACGUGGAGACGGACGCACGCUGGCCACCACGCUGAGCAACGGGAGACGAGAGGAGGCCCAGAGCGCAGCGUUUUGAGUCACUGUGAAGGAGGCGAUUCAUAAAGGACACUGAAUUGUCCGGUUUGAAGAAGGACCGCGCCGAAGGGACAUUCUGCUCCCUGCAGUUGUGCUGAAUGUUUGAAUUAAAAAAAAUACGUAAAUGAUAAAUAAAUAAACAAACAAAAACAAAUCCAGAAUGUGACGUGCAGACAGCCCCUAAAAAAACAACAAGGACUCUGCCCUUUGCACACAUCUUUCUGUUUUGAAUGUAAACAAUAUUACAAAAAAGGUAACUAGAGAAACCCCUGUAGAUGCUGCUGCUUUGUUUUUUUGGAUGUUUUAUCUGUGCUGCAGAGAAAACCGAGCGAGGCUUUCACACUGUCCGGACUCUGUGGCUGCUUUAAAUAAAGACUUAUCCUCUUAGCCUAGAAUGCUACCAAAUAUCGGUCUGCUUUAGUUGACCAGAGCUAUCACAGAAAAACGACGGCAACAAACACCCCAUCUCUCCCCAUCUCCGAGUCACCGGUUGCCCCUGCGAACUGAAUCCCUCAAAUGCUCAUAAAUACACAGGUGGGGGUGACAUCAUCAGCCCCAAAAUGGGUCACUCAUGUAAAUACGGAAGAAAUGUAAUCGCAACCGCUUUUUUUUUUUUCUUUUUGUUCUUUGUUUUUGUUUUUAUUUUUAAGAACAAAAGAGAGAGAGAGAGAGAGAUUGUAAUUCAUUAUUGUUUGUGCAAGUAGAUGGGGUACUUGUGAGGUAACUACGUCAUGUAAUUCAUUUGUUUAUACUACUUGUACAUCUAUAUUUUUGAUACACGACCCACAAGUGUGUUGGCAUUGCGGGGAAAAAAAAAAAAAGAAAAAAGAGGGGAGUUCCAGACUGGCUCAUGCCGAAAGCAGAGAGAGAUCGUGUACAUAGCACCGGGUGAAGUUGGAUCUGCGUCAUGCUCUAUUCAUUUCUGGUCAAAUUAAGACAGAUCUUUUGUUCAUGCUGUUGCCUUUUACUUGUUUAAAAGCAGUAAAUUUAUGACGAAUAUCGAAAUUUUUAAUUCUGGAUUCUGCAGAGAAGCAAGGAAAGUGAAUGUACAAUGUUUAAACAAUAUAUUAGUUUUGUAUAGGAAGAGGUACUUGGGAUUUUUAUUUUGGGACCUAACAGAAGGUUGCUUGAUGUAUAUAUUUUGUCAAGAUUAUUGUUGACAUACAUUAAAAAAAGUAUUAAUAAAGUUUUUUUUUUCCUGUGGAA